CAUCAGCUGUCAAAAUUAUUCGUUGGAGAACAUGCGCUGCUACUACGAGGAGCUCGACGUCGCACGGGACGCCAAGGAUGGGGACAUCAAGACCGCGUACCGAAAAAUGGCCCUCCGCUGGCAUCCGGACAAGAAUCCGGACAGCCUGGCGGAGGCUAAGGAGCGCUUCCAGCUGAUCCAACAGGCGUACGAGGUACUUUCUGAUCCGCAGGAGCGAUCCUGGUACGACAAUCACCGGGAGCAGAUCCUGCGCGGCAAGAACUCUGAAUACGCGGAGAACUGCCUGGACGUGUUCCAGUUCUUCACCAGCUCCUGCUACAAAGGCUACGGCGACGACGAACAGGGAUUCUACCGCGUCUACACUAACGUCUUUGUAAAUAUCGCAAUGGAGGACAUGGAGUUCAUGGACGCGGACGACCGACUGGGAAUGGCGCCGGACUUCGGCCAUUCGAACAGCAGCUACGAGGAGGUGGUGGGUCCAUUCUACGCAUUCUGGCAAGCCUACUGCACCAGGAAGACCUACGAGUGGCUGUGCCCGUACGACGUGCGCGAGAUUAAGGAACGCUUCAUCUUGCGCAAGGUGGAGAAGGAGAUGAAGAAGAUCGUCCAGGCUGCUCGUAAGGAGCGCAACGAAGAGGUUCGCAACCUGGUGAACUUUGUGCGGAAGCGGGAUCGCCGAGUCCAGGCCUAUAGACGCGUUCUUGAGGAGCGGGCCGAGGCCAAUCGCCUGAAGCAGGAGCAGAAGCGCAAGGAGCAGUUGAAAAAGCGCCAAGAGGAACUGGCGGCCGUCAAGAAAAACAAAGUAUUUAAUGAAGGCUACGAGGAGCAGCUAAAACAGUUGGAGCAGCAGUACGGCAGCGAGUCGGACGACUAUACUGAUGAAGACGAGAACGAAGAGGUCGGCGGGGAUUCAGAGGAAGAAAUCGAUCCGGAGGCCGAGAAAUUCGAGGUGGAGUAUGUGGACGAUCUGUACUGCGUGGCGUGCAAUAAGACAUUUAAAAACGCGAAGGCACGGGCCAAUCACGAGGAGAGCAAGAAGCACAAGGAAAAUGUCGAACGACUGUGUCAGGAGAUGGAGGAAGAGGAAGAGGCUUUCAACGAUGCAUCUCACGAAGACAGUUUGAAUGGAGUGGAGGAGUCGUUGGACGAAAUACAAAUUGCUGAUGACCAGUUAUCCGACGAUGCGGCACUAAGCGAAGAGGCAUCUACGCUGCCCAAGCGCAACAAAAAGAGCAAAAAGUCCAGGAAAGCAGCCGCCAAGCAAGUGCAAGAGGAAGUCAGCGAUGGACCAGAUGAAACCAUAGACUCAAAGCCUACCAUGAGCGAAUCAGAGGAUGAAGACUGGAGUAAGGGCAAAAAGGCGGCCAAGAAGAGCAAAAGCAAAAAGUCUGGAGCGAGCAAGGCAAAACCUGCAGAUCAAGUGGAUCAGGCACCAAUCCCUAAUGAGGUCAAAGCGGCCCCUACUAAUGCUUCUAAAAGCGGAGAUGAAGAUCUUGACCCUACCAAGCCGCAACACACCUGCGUCACUUGCCGGCUCAUCUUUGACUCUAAGAACAAGCUGUUUGCGCACCUCAAAAAGACGAACCACGGCGUAUACAUACCCAAGGCCAAGCCAGAUGUCGAGGGCAAGCCUCCUGGUAAAUCUAAGGGCAAGCGGAACAAGUAAAUCCAAAGGAAUAUCCACCCACAACUUAUAUUCAUACUGUAGAAAAGUUAGUCGUUUAUUUAUGCUAAUGUUAAAGUUAAUUCAAGAAUGAAGUUAAGUAUGCUCGCUCUAA